GCGCGCAGGCAGCGGCCGGGCUUACGGGAUCGGCCCCUCCCUCUAUCCCCUUCUGGCCGUAGAUCCUGUGCGAGGCCCCGACUCGGAGCGGGGAGACCGGGUUAGGGUAGCGGCGUGAAGGGACCCGCACAGCAUCCUUGUUUUCGGGACGCGCGGACCAAGAGGAGGAGAGGGGUGUCGGGUCCUAGUCGCUGCUGGAGCUCCAAGGUGACCAAGGAUGGCAGAGAGGAUGUGAUCUGCCUUUGUCUGCCCUCCUAGUGGCACCACCAUGCAGAAGCCCAGUGGCCUGAAACCCCCUGGCAGAGGGGGGAAGCACUCCAGUCCGGUGGGCAGGCCGUCCAUCGGGUCUGCUGCAUCAUCUGUGGUGGCAUCGGCCAGCGGCUCCAAAGAAGGGUCUCCCCUGCACAAGCAGGCCUCGGGUCCCUCCUCGGCUGGAGCCACCACCACCGUCUCUGAGAAGCCAGGUCCGAAGGCGGCUGAAGUGGGUGAUGACUUCCUGGGAGACUUUGUGGUGGGCGAGAGGGUGUGGGUGAAUGGCGUGAAGCCAGGCGUGGUGCAGUACCUGGGUGAGACACAGUUUGCGCCAGGCCAGUGGGCCGGCGUGGUCCUGGACGACCCUGUGGGCAAGAACGAUGGCGCUGUGGGUGGCGUGCGCUACUUCGAGUGCCCGGCUCUACAGGGCAUCUUCACGCGGCCCUCCAAGCUGACCCGCCAGCCCACGGCCGAGGGCUCGGGCAGUGAUGCCCACUCGGUGGAAUCCCUCACCGCCCAGAACCUGUCUCUGCAUUCUGGCACGGCCACGCCCCCACUCACCGGCCGCGUCAUCCCCCUGCGGGAGAGUGUUCUUAACAGCUCCGUGAAGACAGGCAAUGAGUCUGGUUCCAACCUCUCCGACAGUGGUUCUGUGAAGCGCGGUGACAAGGACCUCCACCUGGGAGACCGUGUGCUGGUUGGUGGGACGAAGACCGGCGUGGUACGAUAUGUUGGGGAGACGGACUUUGCCAAAGGCGAGUGGUGUGGUGUGGAGCUGGAUGAGCCCCUUGGGAAGAACGAUGGGGCAGUGGCAGGCACCAGGUACUUCCAGUGCCCACCCAAGUUCGGUCUCUUUGCACCAAUCCACAAGGUCAUCCGAAUUGGCUUCCCGUCUACCAGUCCAGCCAAGGCCAAGAAGACCAAGCGUAUGGCUAUGGGUGUCUCCGCCUUGACCCACAGCCCCAGCAGUUCUUCCAUCAGCUCUGUCAGCUCUGUGGCCUCCUCUGUUGGUGGCCGGCCCAGCCGUAGUGGACUGCUCACAGAGACCUCUUCACGCUAUGCCCGGAAGAUCUCAGGCACCACAGCUCUGCAGGAGGCCCUGAAGGAGAAACAGCAGCACAUCGAACAGCUGCUGGCUGAACGUGACUUGGAGAGAGCCGAAGUAGCCAAGGCUACCAGCCAUAUCUGUGAGGUGGAGAAGGAAAUCGCCCUGCUGAAGGCACAACAUGAGCAGUAUGUUGCAGAAGCCGAGGAAAAGCUGCAGCGGGCACGGAUGCUGGUGGAAAACGUGAGGAAAGAGAAAGUGGAUCUGUCCAAUCAGCUGGAGGAAGAGAGGAGAAAGGUGGAGGACCUGCAGUUCCGGGUGGAAGAAGAAUCCAUCACCAAAGGAGACUUGGAGACCCAGACCCAGCUGGAGCACGCGCGCAUUGGGGAGCUGGAGCAGAGCCUGCUAUUGGAGAAGGCGCAGGCCGAGCGGCUGCUCAGAGAAUUAGCGGAUAACAGGCUGACCACAGUGGCUGAGAAGUCUCGGGUGCUGCAGCUAGAAGAAGAGCUGAGCCUGCGGCGUGGUGAGAUUGAAGAGCUGCAACACUGUCUCCUCCAGUCAGGCCCGCCACCCGCCGACCACCCAGAGGCCGCCGAGACCCUGCGGCUGCGGGAGCGGCUGCUGUCGGCUACCAAGGAGCACCAGCGAGACAGCACCCUGCUCCAGGACAAGUAUGAGCACAUGCUAAAGACCUACCAGAUGGAGGUGGACAAGCUCCGGGCGGCCAACGAAAAGUACGCUCAAGAGGUGGCAGACCUCAAGGCCAAGGUCCAGCAGGCCACCACGGAGAACAUGGGGCUCAUGGACAACUGGAAAUCCAAGCUGGACUCGCUGGCCUCCGACCACCAGAAAUCCCUGGAGGACCUGAAGGCCACGCUGAACUCUGGCCCAGGCGCCCAGCAGAAGGAGAUUGGAGAGCUGAAGGCCCUGGUGGAGGGCAUCAAGAUGGAGCACCAGCUGGAGUUAGGUAACCUGCAGGCCAAGCACGACUUGGAGACGGCCAUGCAUGGGAAGGAGAAGGAGGGCCUGCGGCAGAAGCUGCAAGAGGCCCAGGAGGAGCUGGCCGGGCUGCAGCAGCACUGGAGGGAACAGCUGGAAGAGCAGGCCAGCCAGCACCGGCUGGAGCUACAAGAAGCCCAGGACCAAUGUCGCGACGCCCAGCUGCGCGUGCAGGAGCUGGAGGGACUGGAUGUGGAGUACCGCGGCCAGGCGCAGGCCAUUGAGUUCCUCAAAGAGCAGAUCUCACUGGCUGAAAAGAAGAUGCUGGAUUACGAGACGUUGCAGAGAGCGGAAGCCCAGAGCAGGCAGGAGGCCGAGCGGCUGCGGGAAAAGCUUCUGGUGGCUGAGAAUAGACUCCAGGCUGUCGAGUCCCUGUGUUCAGCCCAGCACAGCCAUGUGAUCGAGUCGAAUGACCUUUCCGAGGAGAAGAUGCGGGUGAAGGAGACUGUGGAGGGCCUGCAGGACAAGCUGAACAAGAGGGACAAAGAGGUGACAGCCUUGACAUCCCAGAUGGACAUGCUCAGGGCCCAAGUAAGUGCUCUAGAGAACAAGUGCAAAUCAGGAGAGAAGAAGAUAGACUCGCUCCUGAAGGAGAAGAGGCGCCUAGAGGCGGAGCUGGAGACUGUGUCCCGGAAGACCCAUGAUGCCUCUGGCCAGCUAGUCCACAUCAGCCAAGAGUUGCUCCGAAAGGAGAGAUCCGUCCGUUUCCAGUUAACACCCACACCGGCAGAUCACACUCCCACAUCUCCACCCUUCCAGGACAAGGAGAAGUCCCUGUCAGAGCAGAGACGCUACUCCCUCAUUGACCCAGCUUCAGCACCCGAGCUGCUGCGACUGCAGCAUCAGUUGGUGAGCACGGAGGAUGCCCUGCGGGACGCACUGGACCAGGCCCAGCAGGUGGAGAGGCUGGUGGAGGCCCUGAGGGGCUGCUCAGAUAGGACUCAGACCAUCAGCAAUUCCGGUUCUGCCAACGGUAUCCACCAGCCAGACAAGGCCCACAAACAGGAGGACAAACACUGACCCCAAGGGACACCACGGACCGGCCCUACUCACACCAGAAGCCCUGCCAGGCUUCCCAACAGCGCCACCUUCAGGCAGGAGCCAGAACUGUCCCUUUGGAAAUGAGACUGUGUUUGUAACGAUAUUGUCCUCACUGCCGUGGACACGUCCCACCUGAACCCCCUGCCGGACCAGGAGGCUCCCACAGACACGGCCUUCCACAGAGCGCGGUACAGCUGGGCCCAGCCAUGGAGAACCUCUCUUUUCCCAAGGAGCUUCUUGAGUUUACAGAGGCUGAAGCGAUCCAGUUGGGCCUCUCUUGGCUAUAGCAGGCUGCCUCGAAGGCUUGUCUGGGCACCUGGGUACUCUCCCCCUCUCUUCCCUUCUGGCGUCCCCAGGUCCCCUGCAGGCCCCUGAGAGAUGGAGCAGGGCCCCUGCUUGGACGCAUAACACACCAAGAAGGGCUUCAUUCUUUAGAAACUAGGGAGGGGACUCCACGUGAUGAGACUGUUUUACACAUUGGUACAAGGUCCCUUGGGCCUCUCUAACCAGGGAAGAUUUGGGGGUGACAGGCUCCUUAUUCCUCGACACCAAGCUAGUAUGCGUUACCCACCUCCCGUCUGCUGCCCAGAAAGCAUUGAGCAGACAGCUUCAGUAUUAGGUGAGCACACAACCCAUUCUUACCUUGACCUCGAGCCGGGACUGGCUUGGGGCUUAGAGCCAAGAACAGGUAGAAAACUCUUUAAACAGCGCAUUCAUACGGCGUUUUGCUGGGUGAGAAGAAUCAAACUGGUUCCCUUUAUUUUCUGGGAACCCCUGCCAUGUUACUCCAAAGACCCCAGCAACCCACAGAGUGCUCUGCUUCUGUCUUCCCAGGGAGGGACCACAUGAGGAUUGGCCCAGGUGGCCUGUGUGAGCACCAUUGGGCACCAGCAGGUGGCGCUCUUGUCCUUAGGGCGGAGCUGAAUUAGCGGCCCCUCAGCCCAAUCCCCUGCUCCCCGUUGGCUUUUGAGUAGCACUUGCAGUUAACAGCAGCAGCCUAAAGCUUAGAAUUGACGCUUUAGUGGCCCAACGACAGAGCCAAAUAUCGCUCUUUCCAGCACAAUCGGGCAGCUCACGGAUUAGGAAUUAACAGCCAAAGGCUCCCACAGUAGGGACCCAGAAGGGGCUGAGCCCCACCCUGGAGUGGGCUUGCACCUGGUAGGUGUGCAAGAAGCCAUUUCCCCAUAAGCACUGGCCUUUGAUGGCCCCCUCAGCCUACCCGGUGUGGCCACCAGCUGUGGCUCAGCCAUUCCCACCCCUCACCCUCCCCCCAGUGGAAUUGUGGAAGUGUGGCAAGUCCAUGUUCGGACAAUAAAGCUUGUGAUUGAGGUACAGGA